CAAAUGACCUUGCCAGUUUGUAAACAAUACACUUGCUUGAAGUUAAUAUUUUGAUAGUUUUAUUUAGUUUUCUUGUUGAUUCUUUUAUUAUUUAGUGUUUUUUUGUUUGAUAUAAACGGUGCAACGGUUUGUGCAAAAUGAAUAUGGAUUUCGAAGCUAUGUCUGUGCUGGAGGAGGAAUCGCAGAAUGAGUCCCUGGGCGGGGUGUUCGGUACGGGUGCGGCAGGGCCGGAGGGCGCGGAGAGGAGGGAAGGGGGCAAGCGCGGCCGAAGACCUGGCAGGAAGGCACUACUCGACAAACAGGACAUGAAGGCCAAACUGGAACGCAGCAGACAGUCUGCUCGCGAGUGCCGGGCCCGCAAGAAGCUGCGCUAUCAAUAUCUGGAGGAGUUGGUCGCCGAUCGUGAACGCUCCGUGCUGUCGCUGAGGAAAGAGCUGGAUAAGUACUACAAAUGGAAUCUGGAGCUCGACCAGGGGCGGAUGCCGGAGGGCAUCGAGUCCCUUCUUCAAGAACUCGGUGUUAAGGAGGAGGAGAAACCUUUCUAAGCUGUCUGCUCUAUGGAGGUAACUUACAAUUUAUGUAAUUGCAGCCUUAUCACAACCGCCUACAGUUGAAAUUCCACCAACAUCGAACCUUUUACGAAGUUUUCAAGAAUUUUGGCGCAUCCCGUACAAGUGAUUUGAAAUAUUCUUUUUUUUAUUGUAACCAACAAAUUUAUGUUACCUGCAUAGUGUCUAUUCAAAAAAUCUGUUAAAAAAAUUCAUUAUUUGUAAUUUGAUUUUUCAGUAUUAUCAAAGAAAGCAGGGUAAAUGCAUGACAAUAAUGGACGAUUCUGAUUUUUGAUUUAGUGAAAAAAAAAAUACAAAAAAUAUACAUAUAAUAUUGCUCAAAAAUACUUUUGUCAAUUAAAAUAUAUAGCGUUUCUGUUUAUUUAUUAUUUGGACGUAGAAAUAUUUAAAAGAACUUUAUUCAAAAUUGAGAUAGAUAUAAAACGUUGUUAUUUUCAAAAUUGUUAUCUAUUUUGGCCUAAAAAGCACGAAAAGUUACAGUUAUUAAUAGAAAAUUAAAAUGACACUAUGCAGGUAAUAAAGUAUUUAUAUGGAAUGCUGUUAUAAAGAUUUACAAAAAUAUUUUUAAUUAAACUGUUUAAAACAAUGAUAUCGUUCUCGAAUCUUUAUCGUUAAAACAAUAAAAAACAUAUAAACAUAUGUUUAUUUUAGUUAGUCGCAUAUAAAAAAAAUGUACAGCAAAGAUAGACCAAGGUUUGAAUAAAGGCUCGCAUCAACGGUCAAUUGAUUUUCGACAAACCAAACAGCAGUUUAACAUUUUGGCAUUACAAUUAUUGUAAGUCUACAGGUUUGAGUUAUUUUCUUGCUCAAUGCUAAAAAAAACACUGAUAUUGAGCCUUGAAGACUUUGGGCUAUUUUUGCUAAUUUUACGGAAACCAAAUUAAAUUUGGUGUAAAAAAAGGUAAUUAUUAAUUAAUGGUCUCGACAAAAUGCUCAAUUGCUUACAUCGUCAUAUUACAGUCAUUGCAAAUUAAAACGAAACAAAUGCUUGCUGAACAGAAAACUUCUUUUUUAUUUAUUUUUGAAAGUCUGUUUUUUAAAAAAAUGUUUAAUAUUAUUUAUACUAAAAAGAGUGGACUUUGUUAUAAUACAAUAUAAUAUGAUUACAUAUUUCAUUAAAAAACUGUAUAUUUGAAUUUUGUGUUUUAAAAUUAUUGUUACUUUAUUUACAAAGACUUCGUUUUUGUUUUUAAAUAAUAUUAUUAGUUAAUAUUUUAUUUGAAAUAUCAAACUAGAAAAUCGUGGCGAUAAUUGUGGCGCAACAUCUCAGGCGAGUAAAAUAACAAGUUGCGCUUUGAAAGUUGCCAUGUGAAAGCGUCGAGUAUCUAUCGGAAUAAUCUAUCUCUCGUACAAAUUUUAUCUGAAUUUGUUCAGCCGUUUUGAUCGUGAGAAACCCGCUUUUUUAUAUAAAUUCUUAAAACGAAUAUUUUCAUAUGUUUGUUUGGAAAAGCUUUAUAUAGUUGUGAGCAUUUUGUCAAGCCCUUACUUCGUUAAUUAAAAUAGAAUUGUAAGCUACCUUCUACAUUCAUAUAAAACUAUUUUCCGCACUAUAUAAAUGUGUGAAUGAGAGUGAAUAUAGUCAUGAGUGAAUCGAAUUCAAAAUUUAAUUAUUUUUUGAUACAUAUAAAUUAUAAUAUAUACAAUAUUUACCGUUUUAUCAUAGAUUUGCAUUUGUUACUUAGCGAAACGAUCAAAAUUUUUCAUAAAUAACCCAGGUUUUUAAAGGAUGGUGUUUUUGAGGUGAGCCAUCAAUUUGUAUUUCAAAUUACUCAAAAGUUUAAAAUAAUUGUGAUAUCAACAUAAUUUUAUUGUACAGAAACUAGUGUUUGGAUAGCGGUUGAGUAAAAAAAACACAUAUAAACUAAAAUCGAUUUUUUAUGGAUAUUUUAGAAUUUAAAGAAUAAAAAGUCUUGAGAAAAAACAAAUAGCAAAAUCACACUUCACCUAAUACAAAAUUUUCAAAAGUCGUUUAAAAAUAUUGUAAAAUUACACUUCCAACAAAUGAAUUCUAAUGUAAUAAAAACACUGAAGGGCGCUAUAACAAUGAACUGAAACCGAUUAUCAUAACAUGUAACAAUAUUCUAGCACCCGAGUUAAAAUUUACAUUUCAACAGUUUCCAAGUAACUGAUUUAAAUUUCCGGAUAAAAAACAUUUUUGGAUUAAAAAAGUAACUAAUUAUAAAGAUUUUUUUUGAUAAAAAAAUAUUUAGAAAGAGUAAGUUAUGCUGUCAGUCCCUGUCUUUAUCACUACUUCUAAAUACAGAUGUCUCGGACCAAAUUACCUUUAUUCCAAAAGGUUCUAUAUUGUCCAUGUCAAAACAAUCAAAACAAUGCUUCACGUUUCCCCUCCCAUUCUCCAGUCUAAAAUAUACCUUAUAGAAUACAAAAUAGAGCACUAUUUCGUUUGAUCCCCAGCCGGGAUGACGUCAUUCUGGUGCACCAACCAACCAAAUUUACCAACAAACAUGUCUGUCGUUUUAUGAAUGGGACGAGGUAAACUCACACAUCGAAAAUAUUGAACACCAAUAAAUAUAUAUUCUGUCCUUACAGUACACACACAACCAUAAAUUUAAAUCGUAAUACACACACGGGUAAUUUUAACACAAUGAAACAUCGAUUCCAUAGACGCAGUUUGUAUAAACACAUUAGAUCGUGAUCAUAUACUUUAGACAGAGGGGUAACGACUAGCGAGGCAGGUCCUAUGGUAUUUGGUCCUUAUGUAAUACCAGUAAGUAGUAGUAGAGCUCUUGGUGAAAGCUCGCCCGGGGAAGUACUACCGCCAUGCCUAUUUCCACCGGUAUCCAGCAUUGGUGUACAUCGGUGUGUAAGGUAUGGUAGCCGGCAUGACUACUGGCACAUGAGGCUCAACAACUAUGUCUCAGGAUGACGGGUGUGGGGGUAUCAAAGGGCAUAUUCAAGCCACGCUAGGACGUGCCCUUUGAUACCUAUGCUAAAGCCAUGCUCGAUGUGCACUGUUUACUAACACACUAAUUAAAAAUACAUUUCACAAAUUGUUUUUAAAUUAAUGAAAAUAAAUUUGAUUAAUAACACUACAAGAUAGAUAUAGUUAAUAUAUUUUGAGUAACAUUUAAUGAAAUAACAAUACAUAAUUAAAAAUAAGUAACUUAUGAAAUGACAUGCCUUUUCUCUACCUUCAUUUUUAAUUUAUUGGUAAACAGUGCAUAUCGAGUAUGGUAUACUUUACUAUAGUCUAUACCUUAGUCUAUAGUCUAGUACAGACUAGAUGCCCGUGAUGUGUUGGUCUAUUAUUGGCAAUGGUUUCCUACUUGACAUCAUUAGGUCUAACAUGCGCAUCACGACAUAUCGAGACGAUAGAAAGACAAUCGACAAUCGAGAUGAAGACAGCGAUAUUUCAACAUUUGUCUAUUUAUCUUCCUGAGAUAUAUCGUUGACGCGCAUGCUAGGCCAUCGGUUCGAUUUUCGAAAAACAGUUGACAGUUUUUUUUUAUUAAAAAAUCUCAUAUUUUUUUAAAUUACAAUUUUUUUAUUGGUAAGAUUUAAAAGUUUAGAAUAAAUAAAAUUUUAAAUAUAUAACAUUAUACUAUCAUGAUUUUUUAUAAGCAAAAUAAAUUCAUACAGUAUACAAAAAAAAUUAUACGUGUUUUGAUGGCUUACCUCAAAAUCGUGUAGGUUAGGUUUUUUUAAAGUUUUUAUAUUGCCAUACGAUUUUAUACUAUUUCCUACACUUACAUAAAAUGGAUUUGUUAGGAGGCGUCUGUUAAUAAAUGCGUUAUUUUGAAAACUACAUAUCAAAAGAUAAUAACCAUUGAAAAAAAAAUUCAAAUUUUAUUUCUCGUUUACACAUUAAUAGUUAUUUAAUUACAUAUUUAUGUUUGUUUCUUUCGCAUGCGCAAUUAUGCCUUUCAAAAAUAACAAAGAAUGAGAUAGGAAUAGCCAUGUCAAACGUGCGACAGAGAUAAACAUAUAAUGACAUUUAUUUAUUCGGUCCGGCAAAUUAUAUAAAUGUUUAUCUUUAAUUAGUUCUAAAUUCAACAUAGAUAUUUUUCGAUACAUUUAGUUAUAAUUUUGCAUUAAAAAUAACAAUUCAUAUAUGAGUUGCGGAUACCAAUUUUUAUUUUUAAGAAAAAAAAAACGUAUAAUAUUUGCUACUUACUACAAACAACGCUACAAAGAAGAAACUAAUAAAGUAUGAAACAUUUAAUUUUUGAAAGGUAAGUACAAAGUUCUAAUAUUCUAACUAAUAACAUAGAUUGUCGAUUUCGUUUGUAUGUAACUAGCGGAUGCCUCUUGCUUUGUCUGCGUAAUCGGUACUAAAUGAAACAACGUUGAAAAUAUUCUUUAACUUUAUUUAUCUCUAAAAUUAGGGACUUACGUGUGAUUACAUGUAAGUCCCCAGUUUUUGAGUUUACCAUUAACAGACGAACAUACACAAAAAAUUAUAUGCAUUUCCAGGUUAAUCCAGAUUAUAAAUUAUACGUGUGUCAAUUUUCUUCCAAUUCCGUUCAAUAAAAUCAAAGUUUUCGCUCGAUAUAAUUACAAACACCUAUUUAUAUUAGUAGGUUGUUAAAUAUUACGAUGAAAAAUAUUACAUGAAAUAUAUUUAUUUUUACAUUAUAAGCAUUAAAAACAGGCACUUCGAUACGUUGUUUUAAAUCUUCAAUACAUUAUUAAAAUAAUUAAAUUUGAAACUUAAACUGUGAGGUUUGUAAACGCGCUUUAUUCUGAGAAAAGCUUGCAACGCACUUACUUAGGAUUUCUUUUAUUAUCACCAUCCCAUAAUGUUAUUAAAAAUUAUAACACGGCCUUGACGUUUAUUUAAAGAAUGUAAACUUGAUAAUUUUUUUUUUCCUAUUCAGACAUUGCUUCUGUAUUGUCUAUGAACCUAAUUCAAAUAAGUGAAGAAGCACUUGAAACGACAUCUUGUAUUAAUUCAUAGAUAAUACAUAAGUACAAUGCCUUGCUAUGUAAGGUAAAAAAUAUAUACAAUAUUAGAAAAAUAAAUUGAUUACCUAUUGUGUCACUACCUACUUAUCUAGUUGAUAAGAUAGUCAGUAAUUGGAAACCAAUGAAAUACCUUCAAUACAAUAAGACUCUAGAAUGUACUUAUAUGUUACUUAUAUAUGUAUUAUAAUCCUAAUAAUAGAAGGUACUGAGAUACUAAUACCAUCUAAGCAAAAACAUUCGCUUUGACAGAUCUUGGAUAGAUUGAAAUUUUAAAUAUAUUUAAAAAAAAACUUAAAAUUGAACAGAAUUUUUCGUUAAAUUAUGUAUAAAAGAACUUAAUUUCGCAACUAUAAUGACAAAUAACCUAAAAAUGUGAUUUUUUUGCUAAUUUUGACAGUUCGUAUUCACCGAGGCAUGCCUUGAAAUUGUAACCCAUCAUUGCUAUUAAAAUAUAUACCAACACAUUAAGCAGAAUGUUAUUUUAGUAUAUGGUAAAAAAUAUAAUUUUCCGGUAAACGUCACUGUAUAGACAUAGUUUGAUUCAAAAUCAAGCCUGAAUAGGUCAAUCUAAAACGUGUAAUAAAUAUUCUAAAAAAAAUUAUAUUUCUUUUAAAUGGUAAGUUAUGUUGAAUAUAAAAAUCGUCUAUUUCUAUAAGGAAUUGUGAUACGCACACAAUGUCAAAAAUAUGUUGAUAUCCAACGCACACACGUUAUAUAAACUUGUAUUAUUAAUAUCCAUAGUUUUUAAUAAUGUAAAAUGUCGAAAGAAUAACAUCAAUAGAAACACAAGAUAAUCAUUAUAUAACCGUUAUGCAACCUCUACUAGCGCUAAAAAGGCCAUAUUAGAUUUAAGUGGUACAUAUAAAUUUUUCUAAAAAAAAAAUUAAAAAAUUAAAAAUCCAAAAAAAUCAUAGAAAUUUAAGAUAGUUUAGUCAUUGACAUUAAAUAAAUAGAUAUAAUAAAAAAAAUGAAAAAUACAAAAAAAUAAUAGGUGUAAGAUAGAAUAGACAUUUAAUAAUUUUCUUUUGAUUUUUUAAGGAUAAUUUGAGAAACAUGUUUCCAUAAUCAUAAGUAUAAUUAAGUUAUCAAAUAUACUAAUAUUUAUAUAUGUUUUUUCGGUUUUUGACAUUACAUUCAACAUAUGAGAACCUCACACAAGCCUCAAGUAGGAUCAGUGCUGUGGCUUAGUGGAAGUUUGUUGGGUCAAGAGUACUUUUAAUAGCUUAUCACCGUGUUAUGGAGCGUUCUACUGUGACAGAACAAGUCAUUUAGAGUAUACGUUUAAUGAACCAUCUUAUAAUCCAACAUUUGUACUAGAGUUUGGCUAGAAGUAGAAGCUGACGUUUAAUGAACCAUCUUAUAAUCCAACAUUCGUACUAGAGUUUGGCUAGAAGUAGAAGUUGACGUUUAAUGAACCAUCUUAUAAUCCAACAUUUGUACUAGAGUUUGGCUAGAAGUAGAAGCUGAAAUCGCCUGGCAAAUUAAAAAAAAUAUCUUUAUUAAAAAAUGUAUAUGUGUGUUUCACACAUACCGAAAGAGGUGUGGAUUUUCAUCCUUCACCUAGCAAGUUAGCCCGCUUCCAUCUUAGAUUGCAUCAUCACUUACCAUCAGGUGAGAUUCUAGUCAAGGGUUAACUUGUAAUGAAUAAAAAAAAACAAUGUUUUUAAAGCAUCAAAUCGAUUGUUUUACAGCAUGGUGAUAAGAUAAUUCGUUUUCCCAAAAUUAUUUACGAGUAAGUAAGCACGCAAUAAACGCAAUAAACUCAGUCAAGUAUUUCCCCAUUUGUUUUGAUUUUGUCCGUAUAUAAAUUCUAAGCAUAGUAUACUAGCUAAGCGUGUAUAAUAUUAAUUCAAGAGAAACCACGUACAUUGUGAAUUAGCUGCAUAGGUUAUUGAUAAUGACAAAAUAAGUUUUGUACAUAUAUAUACACGAUGAGGCGCUCCAGAUUCCAGUUAUAGUGUACAUAAUAUGUUUUAAUGACGUGUAAUUAGGUUUAGGUAAGUAAAAAUGUGUACAUAUAAACUGUCGGUUGCAAUCAUUGAAAUGCGAAAUGAUAAUGAAGUUUAUUUAUUUAGAUAAAAAGUGUACAUUUAAUGUGCAAGAUGAUAUGCGAAUUAUAUUAGGUCUAAGUAAGUAAAACUUUGUACAUACUAAUUGUAGACUGCUCUGUCAAAUAUCAUAUGAUUAGUGAUUACUUGCAAUCUUAUUAAUACGUAGUAUUUUUAGAGUAAUCAAUAAUAAUUAGUAAUAUCGGGAAUACAAUCAAUUUGUCAACCAAAAAACAUGAAGAACAUAAAACAAUUCAAAUAAUAAUUAAUAAAAACAUUUUGUACUAAGUAAUCGUCGUUAUCAACCCAUAUACGGCUCACUGCUGAGCUCGAGUCUCCUCUCAGAAUGAGAGGGGUUAGGCCAAUAGUCCACCACGCUGGCCCAAUGCGGAUUGGCAGACUUCACACACGCAGAGAAUUAGGAAAUUCUCUAAUAUGCAGGUUUCCUCACGAUGUUUUCCUUCACCGAUUGAGACACGUGAUAUUUAAUUUCUUAAAAUGCACACAACUGAAAAGUUGGAGGUGCAUGCCCCAGACCGGAUUUGAACCCACACCCUCCGAAAUCGGAGGCAGAGGUCAUAUCCACUGGGCUAUCACGGCUCUAAGUACUAAGUAAUAGUCCACCUUAUCACUCACAUUAAAUUUCCUACAAAAUGGAACUUAAUAAACUUUCAAUCAAACGAUCUAAUAUAGCUAAAUUAAAUACAUUAUUUGGAGCUUCAAACCUUUAUGAGGCUGCAGUAUCUUAUUUUUUUGUCUAUCUUCCUUCUUACAUUUCCAAACUUCUAUAUUAUAUAACUUUCUUGACAUCAAAAAAGGUAAAACAGCUAGAAAAUGGGUCUAGGCAUUAUAUAUCGACUUGUGCAAUAUAAAAUUACAAACAAUACUUACUAAGAAUUUUCUAAAAUUGUUACCAGAUUUGAAAACAUACAAAAUUUCAAAGUCCUAAGGUUUGGGGAACGUUGUUCAUUUAUCUUUAUAAACAUGACUACAUGGCAUUGCAGUAGAAGACACUAAAUACUUUCCAGUCCUAGGGACUUAAAAUACAUAGAGACGAAAACCAGUUUCGUGUAUUACAGUGCAAUAGUAACUUGAGGAAAGGGCCGUGGUAGAUAAUUUAUUCCGGAAAGUCCGGCUCUGGAUGUAAGAAUUUAGGUGUGCUGGCGUCCAUCGCUAUGUCAUAGACAUCCCUAGUACUCAUACGAAGCGUUUUGCAUCGUCAUUUCUUAUACAGGGUGUGGAACUCUCUCCUGAAGUCUUUGUUCCUAAUUAUUACAAUUAGGGUUUGGCGCGUUCCACCUUAAGCCACAUCUACACUUAUUAGCUGGUUUAUUCACUAAUUUGGUCUUUGUUAACAACCUAUUAAAAUAAACAUCAAAUCAACUGAGAAAUGUCAUGUACCUACUGUAUGAUAUCCUCGAAGGGUUAUCAGUAGGUACCGGAUGACAUUUAUUACAUAGAAUCUCAAUUUCGCAUAAUAAGUCAAGCCACGUCGAAGUUAGUGAAUUAGCCUGAUGGUGAGACAGUGAUCAAGCGUGAGCCUAUUUCAUAUUUAAAAAAUCAGUUAUAGAUCUAUAGAACACCUAUAGAAGCUUCAAUAGUUGCAGUUUUCAUGUCAAAUAGAACAUCCGUAAUGUAUUUGUGUAUUCCAACCAGGGACGGACUCAUUUCACUUGGCCCACAAAUCAAGGUUCCAAAAUCUUUCGAAGUAUAGUUCCAAGUCUAACGGUAGACGGCCCUGUGGAGAAGUUUCAUCUCCCUCCUAAGAUUUUCGAUUUUUAGGACUCUGGUGUCUUUUCAAGGACAUUACAGCAACACUAUCAAAAAAAUAUGUAGACCAUGUGAUUGUUAUUUAACACAUAGAAUGUAAAAAAUGCCUCUUAAAAUACUAAAUAUUAGUAAGACCUGUACAGUAUUAUAUAUUGAUUAGAUUAUAACAUAAGGUGGGAUAAGAAAUCCAAUGUAUAAUAUACAAUAUACAAAAUAGUUCAAUUAAUACGAUUAUAACGAUGUACAUAAUAAUUGGCACAAGAGAGUGGUAUUACCAAUUUAGAUUUUUAUAUAAAAAAAAUAAAAAAAGAAUGGCAAAAAAAAUUGUAACUAUAACUGUAUAUAUAUUGAAGAUAGGUUAAGUUUGUGUUUGUUUCCAUGUACAUUGAUUUGCGUUAUGCUUCCUCGGUUCAAUUAUUAGUUUUAGUAUUAUUUUUAAAGGCGUAUAAAAAUCACUGUCAAGAAAUCAAAACUAUUGUUUUUGCGUUAUUUUAUGAAAUUACAACAUUUUAAGUACAUUUUUUAUGGAAUACAUAAUAUGAAAAUCCAAAUAAUAUAGACAGUAUCAUAUAUAGUAGUAUCCUCAAAAAUCUAAAUAGUACAUUAAAGUAAUUUCAAGUCUAAUCUUUAAGUUUAUUUACGGGAGCAAUUAUUGAUAGUAUUGUUUAACUAUAAGUAAUUACAAUUUGACAGUGAUUUUUUAUUAUAGACCGCGCUAGUUGGCCGCGCAUUGGUUGGGCACGAGCGAAUGGCGAGGACAAUUACAAGUGACAUAAGAACAAUAAAACUUACAUUUACAGCCCUGUUAAACGACAACCCUGGUUACGCUACUGCUCGCGUGCAUAUACUCGUAGUUGCGAAUUCGAGUAGACUUAGGGGUUCAGUAUCCCCUUGAUUCAAAAUCCUUGUCAGGCGAUAACCCUGGAUGUAGUCGUGAAUCCGAGUAGGUUUAGAGUUUCAGUACCUCUUGCCAGACGACAACCCUGGUGGCACUACUGCGAGCGUGUAAAGGUUAAUUCGAGUAGGCUUAGGAGUUCAGUACCCCUUGAUACAUAGCCCUUGCCAGACGACAACUCUGGUUGCACUACUGUGAGCGUGAAGUGGUUAAUUCAAGUAGGCUUAGGAGUUCAGUACCCCUUGAUACAUAACCCUUGCCAGACGACAACCCUGGUUGCACUACUGCGAGCGUGAAGUGGUUAAUUCGAGUAGGCUUAGGAGUUCAGUACCCCUUGAUACAUAGCCCUUGCCAGACGACAACCCUGGUUGCACUACUGCGAGCGUGAAGUGGUUAAUUCAAGUAGGCUUAGGAGUUCAGUACCCCUUGAUACAUAGCCCUUGUCAGACGACAACUCUGGUUGCACUACUGCGAGCAUGUAGUGAUUAAUUCAAGUAGGCUUAAGAGUUCAGUACCCCUUGAUACAUAACCCUUGCCAGACGACAACCCUGGUUGCACUACUGCGAGCGUGAAGUGGUUAAUUCGAGUAGGCUUAGGAGUUCAGUACCCCUUGAUACAUAGCCCUUGCCAGACGACAACCCUGGUUGCACUACUGCGAGCGUGUAGUGAUUAAUUCGAGUAGGCUUAGGAGUUCAGUACCCCUUGAUACAUAGCUCUUGCCAGACGACAACCCUGGUUGCACUACUGCGAGCGUGAAGUGGUUAAUUCGAGUAGGGUUAGGAGUUCAGUACCCCUUGAUACAUAGCCCUUGCCAGACGACAACCCUGGUUGCACUACUGCGUGUCUGUAGUGGUUAAUUCGAGUAGGCUUAGAAGUUCAGUACCCCUUGAUACAUAGCCCUUGCCAGACGACAACCCUGGUUGCACUACUGCGAGCGUGUAGUGGUUAAUUCGAGUAGGCUUAGGAGUUCAGUACCCCUUGAUACAUAGCCCUUGCCAGAUGACAACCCUGGUUGCACUACUGCGAGCGUGUAGUGAUUAAUUCGAGUAGGCUUAGGAGUUCAGUACCUCUUGAUACAUAGCCCUUGCCAGACGACAACCCUGGUUGCACUACUGCGAGCAUGUAGUGAUUAAUUCGAGUAGGCUUAGGAGUUCAGUACCCCUUGAUACAUAGCCCUUGCCAGACGACAACUCUGGUUGCACUACUGCGAGCAUGUAGUGAUUAAUUCAAGUAGGCUUAGGAGUUCAGUACCCCUUGAUACAUAACCCUUGCCAGACGACAACCCUGGUUGCACUACUGCGAGCGUGUAGUGGUUAAUUCGAGUAGGCUUAGGAGUUCAGUACCCAUAGUUCAGUGCCCUGUCAAUGAAUAUAGUUAUGGAUUAGCUACUGCGUGCGUGCGUAACGUGAUGAAUACGAGUAAGCUUAGGGGUUCAGUACCCCUUUGUUCAGUGCCUUCGCCAAACGACAACCUUGAAUACACGGCUGUAUGGGUGUAGUGUAGUAGUGUAGUGGUACAUCCGAGUAGGCUUAAGGGUUCAGUACCCCUUUAUUAACCCCUGCCAAAAGACAAUCCUGGAUUAGCUAAUGCGUGCGUUCAUCUAUUGUCGUAACCGAAGAAGCUUAGGGGUUCCGUACACCUUUAUUAACCUCUGCUAAAAGACAAUCCUGGAUUAUCUAAUGUGUGCGUUAAUUUAUUGUCGUAUCCGGAGAAGCUUAGGGGUUCAGUACCCCUUUUCUUAAUACAUGUAGAACAACACUCUGGGACCUCCACCACGUGCGUCAGUGCAGUGACGGACUUAAGAGGAGACCUUAGAGGUAGAAUAUUCCUUGGCUAAAAGCCCCUCAAACUACAAUCCUGGAUUCGCCCAAGCACCUUGAUUAUAUAAUAUGUGUGUAUGAACUUAAAAGUACUGACCCUCUAGAUAUUCCCGUGCAUAUGCCUAAAGCAAAGCCAAUGACUUGCGCGCGGUCUAUAAAGAUAGGCGUCCACAUAUCCGCAUCAUAGUAUCAGACGUCUCGCAAUUUGUGAGAUCCGUUCGAUGCGAAUCAUUGGACGCACUUGUAUGACUUUCUAUACAAAUAAUACAAAGAUCCGUUGGGUGCGAUGCGUCCGAUAUUUACUAUGUGGAUAUGUCGACGGCUACCAUAAGCAAGCCUUUGUUUACGCGUGAUCAAUAGUCGUGACAUUAACAUUUAGUUCCGUAUGUUUAGUUAGCUUAAGGCGAAUUGUCACAAUGAUCGACGAUAAUUUUGACAUUAGGAUAAUGAACGUAUAGGAACUAAGCGGCGAUCCUGUGACGAAUUCAUCUUAACAUUUCAUUUCAAUUAUAUUUCUGUGAUUUGUCGGCAAUCCGCCUUUAUUAGUGUCAGUUAAAGCUUCCAAUUAGUUUUUAGUUGUAUGAUAUAUCUAGGACCUCCUGACAUCUCCGUUAUAUUUUUUUAUGUUAGUUUAAGUUGUAUGUUACUUAAAGAGACCCCGAGACGCGAUUUAUUAUUUAAGUUAGUGUUAAGUUGUAUAAUACUUAUCUCAGACAUCCAUACUCGUAACAAAUUAGUUUAAUGUCAUAAAAUUAUCAAUAACAUGAUUAUUCAUUAAUAUAAUUAGAUUUACUGUAGUCUAGAUUUAAGAUAUAAGCAAGAUUGGCAUUCAAGCUAAACAAAGAUAUUUAAUCCUUAGAUACGGUUUGGUUUAUAUUGUAAAUGACAAACAAGCUUCAAUUAUAAAUCAACUUGAAAUGGCGAUCUCAAUACAAGCAACAGGCGAUCUCAGUACUAUAAAGGGAUACGCUAGCCACACACUAUCAAGGUUACCGUCAAAUUUGCAGCACGCUUAAUGAUUUCUUAAAAAUAUCCAAUUAAGCAGAUGCGAGGAAAUAGUCUUUAAGACUAUUUCCGCGUAAAGUGAAGUUUUCCAUAAAUAGUCAGAAGUAAGUAAAGUAAGUUUCCCAAACAGCCUAAUUCAACUAUACCAUCCAUAAAAAACAAUAUUAUAAUUAUGUUAUUUAUUAUGGAUUGUGUGAAUAUUUUUUUUUAUGAUUUUAUUAUAGAUUUGUGAAAAACUAUCCAUACAAAAUAUUAUUACUAUAAUUUUUUAUAAAUAGUUCUUCAGAAAUCCAACGGGAACCUUCGAUUGUCCGCGAUAAAAAGUAUUACUUUUAAACAUUGUCGUGUUUGUAAUUCGAUAUGUUUUCACUGCCUAUGCUUAAGCGCGCUGCACACUGGACUGUAGAAUUGAUCGUGUGUAGCUGGCGAUACUUGAUAUUAUGAUCUCAAUAGAAGGGAUGAUCUCACUGACGUACCUCAGUUGAGCAAGCGUUGUUUUAUAUAGGGAAUGUACAAAUUGCUUUGGUCUGAUCGUGAUUAGGUAGUAGCUGUAAAAACUAUACAAUCAUAUCUCCGUACUUGCAAUAGGCACUGAGGGGGGGUCAGGGUCAGGACUACAGGGGGGGUCAAUAGUGGGUGGAAACGGUUCGUGUAAAUAGUGCAUGGCAUGCACGCGGUCUGUUGCUGGAACUUGGCCUGGGCACUGCCGUGCGUUUGGAUAAGAUAAUAUAAUGCGCAAGUGUCUUUAAAGUAAAGCGCUACACCAUCAUAAAAUGCAUCGUGGAUUUACAAGAUGGAGGUCCUGGGUUCGAUCCCCGGCUGGGCCGAUUCAGGUUUUCUUUAUCGGUCCAGGUCUGGCUGGCGGGAGGCUUCGGCUGUGGCUGGUUACCACCGUGUCGUGUUGAAACCAAUAAGGUGUGGAUUUUCAACAUCCGCCUAACAAGUUAGCCCGCUUUCAUCUUAGAUUGCAUCAUCACUUACUAUCAGGUGAGAUUGUAGUCAAAGGGGGGCUAACUUGUAAAGAAUAAAAAUAAAUCGUCACUUAGCAUCAGAUAAUGUUGUAAUUAAAUUCUCUUAUUUUAUUUUAUUACUUGGGAAGGUUUAUUUAAUUAUUUGUACUUCUCUGUUUUCGGCAAUGCUCGGUCAUCUGAGGUCCAGGAUCUCAAAUAUAUAUCCCAAAUAGAAAUACAAAAAAAAAUUAAAAAAAAAUAUUAUUAAUUUUAUGUUUCCUGUAAUUUUUUAAAAUAAAAUUAAUUAGUGACUUACUCUAAUAAUAACAAACCGUAUCUGGCGAUUUAGAUCUUUGACUGUAAUUGAUUUUACUAACGCGUCACCAACUAGCCAACUACCUCACGUUAAUACAACCGACCAUAAAGCCUUUUUAUACAAUACGACAAAUCGAUUAGCGUAAAUAGAUUGUUGAGAGCCUUAAGUUUAAGGCGACGUUCCUGUGCCGUCUUGCGACACUUUGUGGUCAGUUUAUCAAUUGUGGGGUCAACUAACAUUGUGCAUUUUCAAUUCGGGGUCGCCAUUCCAACACCUAUGGGUCCCAACAUCUAUGGGUUCUUCGAACUAUAUCCAAACAACAUCUAUGGGUUCAUACAUCGCCCAUUAAUCGAUCAGUAGUUAUGAGAUCUGUACUCUUCGUUUGCGACUAUCUAAACUUAACGUCAAAUGGAUCUAAUCUGCCUCGUUUUAAUGUCGUUCCAUAUCACAUAUUUAAGAAAAGUUCCGCUUAACGGUGCGGAUGAAUUUCAGCUUUAAAACAAGGUAAAUUAGGUCGAUAUUUAAAAUGUGAAACAUGAGAGAUGGACAGAUCUCAUCAUCGUAAUAAAGAUCCUUAUCCCCUUUAGGAAACAGUUGUUAAGCAUAAAAUUUAGUAAUUCAAAACUAAACCAUGACCACAGCAGGGAAUUGUUGCAUGGACUCCAAGGUUUUCUUAAGAGAGAAGCUUAAGGCUCAUAUUAUAUAGACCUUAAACGCGUUAGUAUAUAUUUUAAUAAUACCUUAGAAUAUUAACAUGCAUUUUGUGCAAUGUAGUACUUUCAAAUACUACUACAACCGGCAUAAAAUCCACCUCAAAUAGAUAAUAAGUUUAGAUAGGGAACCUUCGUGAUCUGCUUAGAUAAGGGUAUAUAGACCUAAAAACGCGCCUCUACAUCAGUGAUUUACUUGCGUGAAAAUCUUCAAAACACUUUUGUUAGUUGGGUAUCAAAUUAAACUUUAAUACGCCAUUAUCUUAUACAAGCUAAACAAUACUAAAAUACGAAUAUCUAACCGUAAAAUCAAUAUAAAUACACAGAAAAAAAAUUAUGUCUGGAUCACACAAACUAGGGUUGCCAACCGUACUAUAAUAUAUAGUAUUGUACUAUUUUUCGGGUCUGCGUACUAUACUGUUGAAGAAGUAUAUAGUACGCAAAAAUAUUAUAUUUUCAACAACUUCACGAACAUAUAUUUUUUUUUAUUCUAAAAGUUUAUGAACAUUAUUAUCCAAUCCAAACUUGUCUGUCUUAUCGAAUUUUGAACUUAAAAUAAACGAUAAAAAUAAUAGCUUUUGGUUUCUGAAAUUUUUACGUGAAAAACGUGAAAAAGCAUAUAUCUCUUAUUUACUUAAAACAAAAAUUCUUGAAACUGAAAUAAGUGUAAAUAAAUAUACUUUUUUUUUAUAAAAACAAACGUGUUUAUUCGCUUCGUAAAAAUACUAUAUUUUCUUUCAUCAGUAUCUACCCAUAUUCGGGUCACUUCUGAGCUCGAGUCUACCCUCAGAAUGAGAGGGGUUAGGCCAAUAGUCCAUUUUUCUUUAAGCGUACUAUAUUUUUUAUGGCUAAAUCUGAGUAAUACUAUAUUUUUCUUAAGAAAUGUUGGCAACCCUACUACAUAACCAUACCCUAGUUAUCUGUCUUGUUCAAUACUCACCUGCCACAGAGAUAAACUUUAAAGUUUGUUUGAAGUUUUGAUACCAAGUUUACAAUUAACCUUUCUCCUAUAAGGGCCCUUGUAGUGACUGGUUAAAAUAGGCUGAUAAUGAUGGAAAAAUUACAGUUAGAGAUGGAAAAAUUUGAGUAUACAGACAUAUACAUCACGGUAAAUCAGAGACGUAACAUGGGUUUUCGCCGCCCAGGUCGACUGGAAAUUCGCCAUUAUUUUAUUCAGCCGACCUAAUUUACUUAUAAAAAAAUCAAGAAAAGCUAAUACUGCUUCAGAAGGAGCACAUACAGGUAUAUAAGAUGAAACGGUCGAAUAAUAUUGCAGGCUUUGAAGAGGCAAAUUUUUGCGCCUCAUUUUGUCCAUUGAGUUUCUUAAAUUGACAUGUAAAAUUGGAUAUGAUUAAUUUGAUUCAUGUAAAUCACUGAUUGAAAGGUGUAGGAUAAGGUUAUAGAUAUUUUUUCUCAAUACAUUUUUUUAGUUUUAUAAUGUGUCAAAUGAUGUUUUUCCCUGCCAUGGCUGAUAGUAAUUAAACAAUAAUUAGUUAGUAUAUUUUGUAUGCAGUAUAAGCGAAUGAUGAUGUGUUUAAAAAUAUUCUUAAGUUUUUCUAUAACAUAUAGUGAUAAAAACUCCCAUGAAUGUAUUUGAAUAUAGAUAUAAUUAUUUUUUAAAUUAGGCUAACGCAAACAUUUGAAAUUGUACAUUAUGGUCUAAUCUACUUAUGAAAAUCUCAUAUAUUAAAUAAGUUAACGGCAUAUUUCUUGAAUCUACCGCGAUUCGAAAUGCGAGUAAUCUUAGCGAGUGAUAUAAAAUAUGGUAUGUGUUUGCAUAUUUUUAUUAUAUCAUAUAUAGUUGACCACGUUCUGCCAUAUUCAGUGUAGGGAUAAUUUCGCGAACAAAUUAUUAGACAAACUAAAACUUACUGAAAUUAAUAUAAAAAAAAUAUAUACGACGAAAACAAUGGCAACUUGUUUCUCAUUCUCUAUAGUUAAAUAUUAAAAAGUAAAAGAAAAAACAUAGUCAAAAUAUAUAUUAUGAUGUAAGCGAUAUAUGACAGCCAACUUAUUGACUUAAUAUUAUAAUAAUUGGUGUGCAGAAGAUAGAGGCAUAAUAGCAUUACUUACUCUACAUAAAUAUUCCGAUCAUCGAGCUCCAGAACUCGCUUUUGCCAUAGCCACUGUACUCUGUCAAACCAUCUUAAGUUACACUAUCAUUAACAAUCUACAAAAACAAUUAAUUUGUAUAAUAAUUAACGUGUAAACAAGUAACCUGCAACUUAACAAUAAGAACUAAUUACAGCUUGUAUUAUUCAUUUCUAAUAUAUCUGAAAAGGUAAUCGGAGCCUACUAUGGUCAGUAACCUUAACAAUAAGAACUGUUACAGUUUGUAUUAUGCAUUUUUGAUAUAUCUGAAAAGGUAAUUGGUGCUUACUACGAUCAAUAAUUUUGUGCAGGCCAUUGUUUCCGAGAGCAAACAUGUCGAACGCACAUUCAUUGAAAAAUUCUCAAGAAAUAUUAAGAGUACAGUUAGCUUUAACUGUAGCUCAGUUUGAUUUUUUUGUUAAAUGCACAGAAAAACAACAUACAUAUGUGUUUUACUCCACUGACAAAGUUACAUUUUAACUUCAAUUCUAAGUAAUGUAACUAAAAACUAAAUUCAUUUAAAUUGAAAACAGAGAGAUGGUCAGAAUACAUGAUAUAAGAUAAAUAUGCGGACGAUAAGAUAGUGUAUAUACAUAUAUUUUUAAUAAUUUGUGUUGUACAGACAAUAUUUUGAAUAUAAAAAAUAUAAAAAUACAAAAAAAUCAAAAAAAUAUAAAAAUAAGUCUAAGUGACCUACUGAGACUGACAAAAAAAUUAAAGAAUUGUACAUAAUUGUGUAUUAUUAUUAAUAAUAAUAAUAAUUACGCACGAGAUAAAUGACACAUAAUUGACUCAGAUAUAAUGAAGUAGCCUGUACAUAUUUUUAUGAAUUAUUCGUGUUGUGUGUGUUGGGGUGAUUUUGGAAUCGUUAGCAAUUUUUUUUCUUAAAAUUUUCUUUUUAUAUGAGUUUUGCUAAUCUGUUGAAUUUUGCACCAUCAUUGGCAGUUUAUUUGUGAUUUUACUGAUUGUUUAUUUUUGCACUUGUCUGCACAAAAUAUCUGAAAAAAUCAAGUAAUAUAUAUUUUUUUUUAUCAUAAACUGAAUUAGAUCAAAUAAAACAAACAUAAAAUAAUAAAAUAAGAGUUUUAGCGAAAGUUUAUGACUAGCUGAAAGGUUGUUCGAACUUCAUAACAUUUAGAACAAACGCGUUUAUAUAUUCAAAGUAUUUUUUUUUUAUUUUGCAAGCCAUGUUGUAUGUUUUAAAGAUACCAUUUUUAUAUUUUCACUAUCAAAAUUUUUGAUUUUAACCAAUUUUGAAAAAAAAGGCAGAAUUGCUAGUGCUUUCAAUUUCACCCUUAGAUGUUUAGUUAAUAAGCAUUUGAAUAAAAUAAUUCUGGAUCCUGUAACAAACGUGUAUAAAAUAAAGUAGUUUAUAUAUAAUUGUGUAAUACUAGAAGUAUUAUAUUUUAUUUAUAUAUAUAUAUAUUUUAUUGUUUUGUUAAUUUUGUUUUCAACAUUCAUGUUAUUUAUAUCUACUACUUUAUUGAACAGGUAAAUAUAGAAAAAGAGUUCAGGUAAUGGUUCGUAAUGUUUUAGGCUAGGGAUCAAUUCCCAAUUCUGGUCAAUAUACAAUCAGGUACAAAUAUACAAAACAAAAUUAUAAAAACCCCAAAAAAUUAAAAAAAAAACAUCAAAAAGGCUUAUUUUACUAAUUGUAAAUACUCUACUACCGGUUCGGAAGGCAUCUAUAGGCAUACAACACCCCUCUUUACUACGGUGGGUGUUAAAAAGAACAUAAAAACUCAUUCUUCAUAUAUACCUGUUUAAUAAUUUUGAAUAAUAAAUAUGUUAAGUGUGCCCAGUGUACAUAUAGAAAAAAAAACCAAUUAGAUGGCAAUAAACAUUAUUAGCAUGUAAAUUAUUUCUUACUCGGAUGUUAUCUUAUAUUGCUUUGACAUUAAUUAAUUUCAAAUUUAUAAAAAAAGCUAAAUACACGUUAUAACCUAGAUAAUUGCAUAAAAUUGUAUUUAAUGUAGGAUGAUGCGUAACAGAUGCCAAAUUGAUGUAGCUAGAGAUUAAGAAAGCUCUUGAUAAAGCGAUUAGUAUAUACCGAUUAAAUUUUCUAAGGCAUAGUAUUAAGUAUCGAAUAAAAUCGAAAUAAAAGUUACUAAUAUAAUACAAAAAUAAAUUUAUUAGGUUUGUUGAAAGUUCUUUUGUGACAAUACGAGGGAAGGGGUAAGUUUACUAAUAUAUGGCAAAAAACUAUCGAAUAUUAGGGUUCUGUUGAAUGUAUAUAAUAUAUAAUAAAAGACGU